UGAUCUAAUUUUACCAUGUUUUUUGUUUUCCUGCUGUUUUUAGCCUCAGCGCCUCAGUCGGACGAAGGCUCUGACAUUGACUCUGAACCUGACUUACCACUCAAGAGGAAGCAGCGAAGGAGUAGAACCACCUUCACCGCUGAGCAGCUGGAGGAACUGGAGCGUGCUUUCGAGAGAACCCACUACCCAGACAUUUACACCAGGGAGGAGCUGGCCCAGAGGGCGAAGCUUACAGAGGCCCGUGUGCAGGUCUGGUUUAGCAACCGCCGUGCAAGAUGGAGGAAGCAAGCUGGGGCCAAUCAACUGAUGGCUUUCAACCAUCUCAUUCCGGGGGGAUUCCCUCCCACAGCCAUGCCGACCCUGCCAACAUACCAGCUGUCGGAGACUUCUUACCAGCCCACGUCUAUUCCACAAGCUGUGUCAGAUCCUAGCAGCACCGUUCACAGACCUCAACCACUUCCUCCGAGCACGGUACACCAAAGCAGUAUUCCUUCGAACCCAGACAGCAGCUCUGCCUACUGCCUCCCCAGCACCAGGCAUGGAUUUUCAAGCUAUACAGAUAGCUUUGUGCCUCCGUCGGGGCCCUCCAACCCCAUGAACCCCGCCAUUGGCAAUGGCCUUUCACCUCAGGUAAUGGGACUUCUGACCAACCACGGUGGGGUACCGCACCAGCCUCAGACCGACUAUGCUCUCUCCCCUCUCACUGGGGGCCUGGAACCCACGACCACGGUGUCAGCCAGCUGCAGUCAGAGACUGGAACAUAUGAAGAAUGUGGACAGUCUUCCCACAUCUCAGCCCUAUUGUCCCCCCACCUAUAGCACCACAGGCUACAGUAUGGACCCUGUCACAGGCUACCAGUAUGGGCAGUAUGGACAAAGUGCCUUUCAUUAUCUCAAGCCAGAUAUUGCGUAAGUGAACUGUCCACUUGGAGCUAAACUGGCCCUGUUUCCGGCCUCCACAGACUAGACAUGAAGAAUCUUCUCAGAAACAAAACAAAACAAAAAACCAAACAAAAAUAAAUAAACAAAAUUAAAAAAUCAGCCUUUGGGGGAGAUGGAGACAAAAGAAAAU